AUGAUAAAAUAGCUUAAAUUUAGUAAAAUUAAAACUAGAACUAAUAUUUAAAUUAAAAAGAAUAUUGCUAUUAAGACUAGUCGAAUAACUAAAUUGUAGGCUUAAAGCAUAUUGAACUCUACAUCUUAAACUUCGAAAAAGAAAUAAGAUUAAAAGGAAUUCUUUGAGUAGGAAAAUCUAAAAUACAUCGAAGAAUUAAUAUAAGAGAGAUCUUCAGAUGACAAUAAAUUAUAAGUUGUUCAUUAGAAUAGAUUUGUAAUGAAUGUAAAUACAAAGAAUUAAAUCGAAAAAGCUUUAGAUUAGUAUGAUUUGCCUCUUUAGUAAAAUCCUAAUAAUGAACUUUAUUGUAAUGGCAAAAGUAAGGAUAAAGAGUAUUUUAAUAGCCUUCACUCUAGAAAAAAUGAAUAAAUUAGAAGAAGAUUUAGAACAUAACGACUCACUUUUUCUAAAAAAUCUGUAAAUUUCAGAAUCUUAUAAUAAAAAAGGUAAGCCUUUUAAGAUCUUGAUACUUAGGGUUGUCUUUAAUUGAAACUGAAACAUAUAAAGAAGCUUUAUCUUAUUUUAAUUCUGCUAUCGAAGAAGACCCUAAUAAUUCAGAAUAUUAUCAUAACAAAGGCAUAUAUAAUAUUCAACCCUUUAGCGGCGACUUUAAUUCUACUGAAUAGACUAGAUGAAGCACUUCAAUAUUUCGAUUUAGCCCUUUAGCUAAACCCUGAAAAUUCUCUUAAUUAUAAUAACAUAGGGUUUAUUUUAUGUAAAAUGAAUAGAUUUGAAUUAGCAUUAUAUUAUUUUGAUUAAGCUAUUCAACUAAAAAACCCUUAUCUUUAAAGUUUUUCUUAAAAUAAAGCUUUUGCUUUAUAAUAACUGAAUAGAUAUUAAGAAGCAUUAGAUUCUUAUGGCUCAUAGAUAUCAGAAUCUACAGAAUAUAAUAAUAAUAAAGCAUUUACAUUAAUGCAAAUGAAUAGGUUAGAAGAAUCAUUACAAUGUUAUGACUCAGCUAUUUAACAAAGCCCAGAUAGUUCAAUUUUGUAUAAUAAUAAAGGAUUGUCUUUAUUCCGUAUGAAAAGAUAUGAAGAAGCAUUAUAAUAUUAUAAUUUAGCAAAAUAGUUAAACCCAAAAAUUGCAGAAUAUGAUUCUAACAUAGCAUCUGCAUUAGAAAGAAUUAAUAGGUUUGAAGAAGCACUACAAUAUUAUGACUCAGCUAUACAAAAAAACCAAGAAAAUUCCCAAUUUUAUAAUAGCAAAGCAAACACUUUAAUGUAAAUGAAAAAAUUUUAAGAAGCAUUACACUAUUACGAUUUAGCUAUUCAAAUAAAUCCAGAAAAUGCAGAUUAUUUUCAUAACAAAGCAAAUACUUUAUAAUAAAUGAAUAGAUUAGAAGAUGCAUUAGAGUAUCACGAUUUAGCUAUUCAAAUAAAUCCAGAAAAUGCAGAAUUUUUUCAUAAAAAAGCAAUGACGUUAUACUAAAUGAAUAGAUUAGAAACAGCAUUAGAAUAUUUUGAUUUGGCUAUUCAGAAAAACCCUUAAAAUCAACUUUAUUAUUAUAACAAAGCUUUUACUUUAUUUAAGUUGAAUAGAAAUGAAGAAGCGCUAUAAUAGUUUGAUUUUUCCAUUUAAAGUAAUCCUGAAAAUCCUAUCUCUUUUAAUGGCAGAGGUUGA